UACGUCAUCGUUAUGGCGACUCCCAUGCCGCAGGUUCUGCGGUGCGCUUAGUUCUUGUUUACUGUCUUUGCUGUCUGUUUAGUUUAUUGCGCGAAUACUUUCGUUCGUGCUUGUAAUAUGAGCACACAGUCGGGAAAUGUGAGCAGGUCCCGGCCUCAGAAGCACCAAAAUGCCACUGCGUUUAAGAACACGCUUCACGACACGAGUGUGCAGACGAAGAAGAUACUCAACAUGAAAAUCGAAAAUGUGUGCGCGAGGUGUAAAGGCAUAAUCGAGUGGAAAAUUAAGUACAAAAAGUACAAGCCGCUUACGGUGCCCAAGAAAUGCGUCAAGUGUGAAGCUAAAACAGUCAAGUCAGCUUAUCAUAUAGCGUGUAGUGCCUGUGCGGAAAGGCUGAAAAUCUGUGCAAAAUGUGGUGCCCCCGAAGGCUCUGAAUCCAGCUCUCAAGUUACAGAAGAUGAUCAAGAACCUUAACACCUUUUGAAGAGACAAGUGACGUCGUGGUCUCGUUUGUGAGCACAACACUCAUUAUGCAUUAUAUAUUUGCUGUUGAGGGAAGAUGCUAUGGGCUGAUAACCCCUUUGCCUCAUCUGUGCAGCCUUCUGUGUAAGAUACUGACAGAAGCGUCAAACUGUAUGACACAUUGUCAUUGUACAUUCAUAUAUCUAAACCUCUGUUUGCUGCUGCCAUCAAGCAAAUAAAUUGUUUUAGAGCAUGCACUGCAGAGAUCCUAUAAUUCUACAUAUAGCACAUCACAAGCAGGCAGGGCUUUAUUUUGAAUGCCUUGGGCAGUGAAUGUGACAUGCUGUAAAAGUGUGUUAUGGUUUAUGGGCUUUUUCUAAAUAUAGGACUGAUGUUUGCAUUCAUUUUUUAGUUCUGUGCAUCUUAUGACUUAUUUUCUUCUAAUCUCAGUUUGAACAGUGCUUAAGACAUUCACGUGUAUAGUGUAGAGUCCUCCCAAUUUAAGAACUCAACAUGCAGACUUAGAACUCUCAAAAGCAGCCAAACAGUAGCCGACCUAGGGCACCAAUAAUGGAACUGUUGGCAUUUAUCGUGCAGUUCUUUCUCAUCUGUACAUUAUCAUCGUCAUAUGUGUGCCCUUCUUCAUCACCUGUGUGGACGCAUCAUCACGUAGUGUGCCUGGGACCCUUCGCCAUGUCGCUAGGGCUCAAUAAAGGGCCGUCCCUAACUGCUACACCACAUAACUGUGAAAGUAGCAAAGCUGUGACUAAACGGUCACAAUAGGUGCACGUGCUUCAGGUUAGUAAAUUUGAAUAUGAGAGGUGACUUUGAUUGUUGAUUCAGAAUCAGAAGAACUGCAUUUUGCUGCAGCACCAGACAAGGUAAUAUGCAGAUAGCUGAGAGCAUGCUAUUGCCAGAUUGCAAAAAAUGACUGUUUACAUAAGAUUCUAUAUUAACUAGCAAUUUAUCAUACUAUUGCAAUAGCAUUAUAAACUUGGUGUCGUGGGUUGCUGUAAAGUACCCAAUCAGUGGAGGUGUCAAAAUUUUUGUAGCCAAGAACACCCAGAUGUAGCCAGUCUGAAGCACGACAACUAGACGUCGCAUCCCUCAUGAUUACUGCAGCUGCAGCCUGGGACCAUAGACAAAACAGAGAGUAAGCAAGGCCAUAGUUCAAGGCAGUUUGCUGCAAUAUUCGUGCACCAACUAACUCUAAAGCAACACCUGUUGACAUCCUUCAUGGUGUACUUUAUUUGUGGCAAUGGGUAAGUUUUUGAUAAUGAGGACUGAAUAAUUGAGUAAUAUAUAUGCGGCUGGGGCAUAUGGAGCAUUAUGCUGUCCACUUAUAUUUUAAUUUUGUGCAAAGGUUAACUAUUCUUCUUUCCGCUUGUAUAAUACAUUGUAAGUAAUACCAGUUACUAUUGCUGUUGAGCUUCAUGCCUUUGAUUUGCCUAUUCUUUGUUUUUUGCCCGAUUUCAAAAGUGUAAUGUAACCGUUUGUAGGAAUGUUUUUGCCACUGGACAUCUUCUGAAAUGGCGAACACUGCAUGUUAUGCUUAAACACAACCAAAAAAAUUAUGCUUAAACACAACCAAAAAAACUAUGCUUCUAUUAAACUUAGGCUCAGGCUGAUCCAGCUGAGGCAUAAGGUAGUUCAAGGUGCCUUCAUUUUCCACAGAGAAACCAAAUAUGUAUCCUUCAAAGCAACAAAGCUAAGCUCACCAGAAUCGGGUCGCAUACACUUUUGGGACACCCAUAUAUCACGCUGUUGAUAGAAGCAGUAACUUGUUUACCUGUAAAUGUUCCUUCUUUAACUCAAGCUAUGUGCAGUUAGAGGUUGUGUCCUUGCUUUGUUUGCUUGACUCUCGUAUGACUGCAGUGUAUCCAUAAUUUUGUCAUGAUUUUUAUCCCAGUAGGACCUGUGUACUUCUGAAGUAAAUUGGCAUUUGGUGCUUUUUU